AUGGCGACCAAGUCUCAGUCAAUGUUAGUCGAGGACUCAGACAACGAAUCUAUCAACACAAUCACGACUGAGGAGGACGCGUACGACAGCGAGCAGGAAUUCGACGUCGAGCGCAUCUUAGCAGAGAAAUGGCAGGAGAAGACCGAUGAAGAUGACGAGGACGGAGAGGCUACUGAGGAUGGGACGGCUGGUCGAGCUGGUCGGUGGUACUAUCUGAUCAAAUGGGAGGGCUAUCCACUGUACGAUGCUACGUGGGAAGGUGAACACAAGAUCACACACCGAGAGAUUCUGGACCACUGGGAAGAGUGCAAGCGGAACGCAGAGCUGCCUGGAGGCGAACCGCUCUUCGACGUCCUCCAAUGGCAGGAAGCCUGGGAGGACCACCAGGAAGAUUUAGCCAGAAAGGCUCGCCUUCGAGAAGCUAAAAGGAGGAAGCGUGUCCAGAUCGUGCCUGAUGAUGAGGGAUCAGGUUCUGACGACGAACUUCCCACCACUGCAGGCUCGAAGCGCAAGCGAGUAUCGGUGACUUCGCUUCCCAAACGCAAAGGAUUCUUCGCUCAGACUAUCCCGUCGCCUCGCAAGCGUCAGGCGGUCAUCGUAAGCAGCCAGGGUUCUGACGUUGACUCUCUCUUCGGAGAGCCGAAACAACAACCCACCAGUGGUAAAGGAAUAAAGGCUCCUGCCGCACCAUCAUCGUCAAGGGCUGGCGACAGCAGUGCAGUGACUUCGCGACCGAAGGGCAAGGCUACCGCUCUCCCAGCUUCCAGCAAGCCGGUUGAUACGCCUACCGCGAAGCCGAAACCUACCGUGACUGCAGCCAGAAAGUCGGCACCAUCAGCUCCCAUAGCUACUGCAAAGCGGACCAAGAACGUCUUUACGAAUAACAACCCCACAAACGUGCUUAGACGGAAGCAGUACUCUAAAGUGAAUGUUGAGAUGCCUAAAGACUCUGUCGAUACGAAAUUCAGGAACCUUUCGACGCAAAACAGAUACCAGAAGGGCGGCAGGACCGAGCCCGUCCCUGACAUCAACGCACUUACCAUGGUGGAUCCAAAAACCGGCAAGACCCAGCAACCCGCUGCUACGUCUACGAGAGCUACAGUUCCGAUUCACAGCGCUUAUCGGAGAAGGACACCACCCCAAGCGACCAGACGUCGCUCUCGCUCGCGCUCUAAUAGUCCGGUCAGGCCUGGAGCGAGACAGCCUGAAUCAUCCGGUACUGGAGCCAAUAGCACAACAAUCGGUGGCAGAGCUGGGGAUGGACCUGUUGGCAGCGUUGCGCCGAUCGGCACGAGGAACCAGACAUGUACGCACUGGCAGACAGGUACUUGCCAGUACACCGCAGACAGAUGCCCAUACGACCACCAAUAUAUAGAGAAGAAGCUCACAUGCUUCUUCUGGCGAAGAGAGGGCAACUGCAGGAAGGGAGAUUCCUGCAAAUUCGCGCACGAAGACACCGGAGAUUAUGCUCCCCCACCGCCCGGCUACAACACCAGAGUCGAUCGCGGUAUUGAGCCCAGAGAGGAGGUGAUGCAGAGACCGAAGGACGAACCCAUCGCAGCUUCACCUGCGUUCGAGGUCGGGAAACGUGGUACGACGUGUUAUUUUUGGAGAACCACUGGAAGUUGCCGGAUGGGAAAUCAGUGCGAGUUCGCUCAUCACGAUACUGGAAUUCAUGCAGGUCCACCCGGGUCUUUCCGCAGCAGGGUGCCAUCUGAUCCUAAUCUCAGUGGGCUUGGAUUUGUUGACGUUGUUGGUCAGCGCCCGCCUGACGCUCAAAUGGAGACCGCCCGUCCACCGCCACCGCCUGCUGCUCAGAUGUACUCAGCUCCUCCUCCACCCGGCACCGCCCACCCCGACGACGCUCCUCUUCCUCCCCCGCCACCUCCUCCUGCCACGAUACAGCCCAUCAAACUGGUGAGCCCGUCUGUUGAUCCACGGUUGAGACGUCGGCCAUCUUUCAAAACGGACGUCGCACGUCCACCACCGGCUGACAUCAGCCACACCACCCCUUCAAUGGAUGGAGCCUCUGAUCUUAAUGUGGCUGUCAAGAGUUUGAACGCCGCGAAUAGUCCGGGACCUAUCACUCCAGGCCCUAUCACUCCAGGCCCUAACACCCCAGGUAACAGCGAAGCGGAAGGAAAAGUGGACUGGGAAGCUGGGAGAGUGGACUAUGAAGCGUCAAGGCGCGGGGUCAAGACACUGAACCUCACCGAGUUGCUCGAUGUCAGUGAAGGUGCGAGCAUCGAGGGCGUGUUUUUGCAAAUACCACCACUCAAGAGCUCUGAGAUGCAACUCCUCGGGUACCGCUUUGCGGAAUUCCACUGCAAAGUUUUCUCUUCCCGGACUGAGGGCCAUUGGAAUUUCUUCAGGUCGAAGUACUCACACUGCUUGGUCGUUCUGCAUCCGUCUGAAAACUAUCGUCAUAUACCAGGACUUCAGGGGUUCAUCUCGAGGAACUCGAUGGCGAAGAUCUACUCUAUCGGCGUCCAGCAUCGCAUUUGCACGCUCGAAGGCCGAGAGCCCGUCUAUGAAGCACAUAGGCUCUUCCCGCAUGGCGGUAUUACCUUCAUCACCGACGAUGUCUUCGUCUACUAUCCGGAGAAAGCCACACAGAUCAUCGACAAAUUCCUCGAAAAAGCGAAAGCUGCGCCACCAGGAGGACACUUCAGCAAGAUCGGCGCGCGACCUGACAUUAUUUCGUGGGUAAUACGUCUUUCGCAGCAGAAGUUCAAGGAGAACCCGGACGACACGCGAUACACCUUACUCUUCGAUGCCCUGCGCAGACUCUGUCCCAUUAAGUAUGAGGACGUGGAGAACCUUCCCCAUCGAUCCGUGCCACUCGAUCAAGCGUGGCUGUGGUCCGAGGACGAAGAUUCGCAUCCAGACUUCAAAGACCAAUGGGAGCGCGGCGACGAGGAGGCCGCGACGGAGUACAUGGUCAAUCUCUUCGCUGGCCACGCUAUCCAAAAUGCGGCGACGUAUCGGAGGUUUAUCGUGGUGCAUCAGCGGCCCGAGCUGGAUAGGGAAGUGGUGGACUCGCAGGGGGCGAAGGAGGUGCAGCAGGAGGCGGAUCCGAAGGGGUGGAGGGCGAAGUAUUGUCAUGUCGGGGUGAUGACGGCGGAUCAGUAUUUGAAGCGGUAG